GGGGCUCGCCAAGCCCCGGACCGGCAGAGGGAGGGUCCACGCGCAAACAGCCGAGGCUUGGGUCGGCACUGAUGAGCCCCCCCGUGCCGCGGAUGGUCUGAGCCAAGCGCGGGCUCUCGGGAUUGGGGCCACCAGUGGCUGGAGAGGGAGGAACAGGGCCUUAAUUCGCGCCGGGGAUGCGCCGCGGUCUCCAGGCAUGGGGACACAGGGAAGGGGUGCCCAGGGAAAGGGCUGUGCAGGUGGGAGAUAUUGGAGGUUGUUGAGGGCUUUUGAAACCGGAGAGGCAACUUGCGCGGCACGGGGUAGGGAGAAGGCUUUGGAGAUCCGCUUCAUCCUCAUCCAGAACCGAGCGGGCAAGACGCGCCUGGCCAAGUGGUACAUGCAGUUCGACGACGACGAGAAACAGAAGCUGAUCGAGGAGGUGCACGCCGUGGUCACUGUCCGAGAUGCCAAGCACACCAACUUUGUGGAGUUCCGGAACUUUAAGAUCAUCUACCGACGCUACGCCGGCCUGUACUUCUGCAUCUGCGUGGACGUCAGUGACAACAACCUGGCCUACCUGGAGGCCAUCCACAACUUUGUGGAGGUCUUGAACGAGUAUUUCCACAACGUCUGUGAGCUGGACCUGGUGUUCAACUUCUACAAGGUUUACACCGUGGUGGACGAGAUGUUCCUGGCGGGCGAGAUCCGCGAGACGAGCCAGACGAAGGUGCUGAAACAGCUGCUCAUGCUGCAGUCGCUGGAGUGAGGCCGCGCUGUGCGCCCUGCUGCUGCCCACCCCGUCCAGGCCCACCUGGCAGCUUCCCCGGAGGAAGGGCCCUGGCGGGGCCUGGGCCACCAGGGAGGACGCCGCACCUGCCACCUCUGGGCCCAGCAUGGGCACAGGUGGCCGCCCUGUGUGUCCCAAGUAACCGUGCCAUCGUCCCGUGAUGCCGUGAGUGUGUGUGGAGCCCCCAAUAAACCUGUGGUCCUGCCUGGCC